GACGCGGGCUGCGGCGGGGCCCAGGGGCCAGACGACCCCGCCCACGGGCACCGCGAGCGGGGGGGUCUCCCGCUCGCCCAGCAGGAUGGCGAGGCGAAGGCCGCCGCCAAGUGCAACGCCGGCUACAUCCAGGACUUCUGCCUCUGGAGUUUCGGGCUCCCGACCCAAUCUUCCGCGCUGGGCUGCCCGUUCUCGAGCCGG